AUGAACAGCCUCUUCUCCAGGGAUGUGCAGGUGAAGAGCAUGGAGCAGACAGUCAAACAUGCUGAGAAGUACCUGGGCGAGGUCUGCCACCUGCUGGGCUCCUACACCAGGAAGACGGCCAAGCUGAGAGACAAGGCCGACCUGCUGGUGGCUCAGCUCUUUGACCUGUCCGGCACAGAGGACCGAGAGGUCCAGCUCGGCCUCAAAAACCUGGCAGAGGAUCUUGCCAUGGUUCAGGACUACAGGCAGGCUCAGGUAGAGAGACUGGAGACGAGGGUGGUGGCUCCUCUGAAGGCCUACGGUGACAUCAUCAAGAACAAAAGGGCCGACGUGAAGAAGUUCAGCAGUGAUCUGAGCAGAGAGCUGAAGGAGCUGCAGACGCUGGAGAAGAUCAGACUGAGGAACCCAGCGGAUCGACAGAGCAUCUCUGUUAAUUGACAGGCGGAGGUCAACGCUCAGAAGGCUUCAAACAACGCCCAGCGCUGCGUCAGACAGCUGGAGGAGACCAUCACUGACUUCCAGAGACAGAAACUGGAGGAUAUCAAAAGGAUUUUCACAGACUUCGUCACAGUGGAGAUGCUCUUCCAUGCUAAAGCUCUGGAGGUCUACACACACACACACCACAACCUGGAGGCCAUGAACAUCGAAAAGGAUCUGGAGCUGUUCAGUGGACGGUUCAGGAUGUCUGAUCACCUGGCCAGGCGUCCGGAUUCCUCUCUGACCAGCCCCCCCUCUCCCCUCAUGAGCCACUACCUGAGCCUCCCUGUGGCCUCCCCCAAAGGCCAAAGCCUCAGGUCAACGCUGACUCCUACCAACAGACAGCCACACAGCCAGCUCCCAGACAAGGCCAGGAGGCCCAUCAUUGAGCAGCACGUGCACAUGAAACCAGAUCUCAGUCAUAUCAAAGAGCUGUCGAGCCUCAUCCCACCGGCCCACUUCUCAGGUGUUUAA